AGAAACCAUCCAAGCCGCGGUGCUGGAUGGAGGGCAAACUGUUGGAGGGUGGUGAUGUUAAGAUGAGCUGUAAGUCUGCUGAUGGCUCUGAUCCUAUCCACUACAAAUGGGAGAGGGUACUGGACAAGGGAAAAUAUGCUGGCAAGCUGCCUCCACUGGCCCUGAUAGAUUUGAAAAACCCAGAGAUUGUGACGUUGAGGAACUUGACCAAGGACAGCACCGGGGUCUACAAAUGCACAGCCAGCAAUGAUGUGGGGGAAGAGAGCUGCACAGUGGAGGUCAAGAUGCACUAUGUAAGAGGAAUGGGCGUGGUAGCAGGGGCAGUGGUUGGUGUUUCAUUCGGAGUCCUCCUCAUCAUCCUCAUCAUCUGGUUGGUGUUCCGCAAAAAGGAGAUGAAGAAAUAUGAAGAAGAAGAGACCCCAAACGAAAUCAGGGAGGAUGCAGAGGCUCCCAAAGCCAAACUGGUGAAGCCCAACUCCCUCUCCUCAUCCCGCUCUGGAAGCUCUCACUCAGGCACCUCUUCCACCCAGUCCAUGGUGCACAACAUGGAAUCCCGAGGCCAACGACCCUGUGUUCCGGCUGUGGCGGCCCUCAAGGAAAAAUGCCAAGCCUCCACCUUCCCUCAGUCUCCACCUAGCUACAAUCAAACAGUUCCCAAGACUACUGAACCCCGUUCUACACCCACCUCCACGUCUACCUCCAGCUCCAAGCCCAGUCCUCCACCUAAACUGAGUCCUGGGAACUUGACCCGCAUGGGGGCCACUCCUGUCAUGAUUCCUGCCCAAACCAAGGCCUUCCAGACUGUGUAGAAGAGAUGUAAUCACGAAGAGAACAAGAGCAAGGCAGCCUCAGGACAUGGCAACCAGCUGAACACACAAGUUGGACUUUGAUAAAGAUCCAGUUAUAUUAUCUAGCUAUAGUCUCAUCACUCACAUUCUGAUGGAUACUUUCAGCAACUGAACUCUGCUUUACAUUAACAAUAUAGGGACAAGCUUCUUCUGGUGUUGUUUAUUGACACGCUGUGACCUGAGCAACACUUGAAGGAUGAAGGAAGUGUUUUAUGGAGUGUGAUUUUCAAAGGCAAGGAGGUGAAAGGAACAGGAUUGCAUGAACCAGGGAGUGAACAGGAUGAGAUGAAGUCGGAAGCAUGAGCCAGACAUUGGAUAAAAUAAGGACAUUAACUUCAUUAUCUUUGAAGAAGACAACAUACUGCUCACAGGUACAGCUGAAGAGGUUAGAGUAGUUCACAAUCUUUCCUGUCUUGAACACCUUCCUACAUACAAUGCACCACUUUACAAUGGAAGCCCUGAAAGGCAAGCAAUAAUUUUAAAUCAAUUUUGAUUUGUUUUUUUCCACCUGUACAGGUUUUAAAACAAAAAAAUUUCAUUUUAAGAAAUUAUCAGUCAAAAACUUAUUUUAUAUUUAGAAAAAUGACCUGAAUUUGCCAUGUUUUUCUGCGAAAGCAGGUGCAGUUAAAAUAAAAUAGCUUGCCUAUCAGGGCUUCUGUACACCUGUUGCAAAUUCAAAUACCCUGCACCUAUAACUGAACUGAUGAAAGUAGCUCUAGGUUGUUACAGUAGGUUGUUACAGUAUAUAAAUGGGAUGAAUGGCUCUGAUUGUAUAAACAGACUUCAUGUGGACAUUUCAUAUAUUCACCGGUACCUGUGUCACUCGCUGUAACAUGGACAUAUAUGAUACUGAAUUCUGAAAAAUACUGAAAAAUAGCGAACCUGUAGAUGUGCACAAAUUCUCAUUUCCAGUAGUUUAAGUGUGGAUUCAUAUAAGUAACUUCAUGUUCAUAGUAUUCAUUCCCGACAUGUAAAGGUUUGAUGAAAAUUCAGAGAAGGGAUUCUUUUUUGAGAUUUCAUUUACAGGACCUUGGAGCGCUGAUAUUUUUGAUUGUUACGGGGUUAAGCAGAGGCCCUAUUGAGAAAGUGCCACGUUGUGAUGUUUUACAGUUUAUUUGUUUCUUUUAUCCUGUUCUGUGUAUACUAUACCUUUUUUUCAAAGAAUGAAAAACUGUAUGAAUGUGAUGCUAAAUGAGAUGUGUUACGUGCAGUGUUUUUUCUCAGCAAUGUUAAAAUGUUUGUUUUGAAUUUAAAUGAGUUGAUAACUCAUUGAAUAACUUACACACUAUAGAGAGAAAAUCCUGUCACCUUAUGCACUCUUGAUGCAUUAGAACUGUAAUAUAUUAAUAAACCCUAAAGAGUGCCUUUGGUCAUAUAUGUACAUGCCGAGUGUAAUGAUCAAGUAUAUACACAUUAGGAGCAUGACAGUAAUCAGAGUUAAUGUAGGUUUAUAGGGAGAGCUCCAUUUAUAUCUGACCUACUGCAUACCAGCCAUAGCCGACAGACAGACAGACAGAAAGAUGCAGAGGACAGAAUGAAUCCUGCCCUUGUGCCUCAUCUCCCAUUCGGCAGAGGACAAACCUGAUCCUUCUCCAUUCCCCAUUCUUCAAUCCCAUUCCUUCCCUUCAAUACAUAAUCUGCCUCUUAUCCCUUUUCCUCUUUCAACUUGUCUUGUAAGUCUCACCACCACCUCUCUUCUCCCAUGACACUGUGCUUGAUUCCAGUUCUGUGUGUGGUGGGGGGAGCUAUGCAUAGGAUUGAUCCAAGGAUGGAGCUCUUUCAUUGUUGUGUGACUAGAGAUAUGUACUAUUCAGAUUAUCCGUUAAUCAUGGCGUGACUUAAAGCUACACUAGGUAACUUUUAUAAAAGUAACUUUUGUCAUAUUUCGUUCUAGUGCUCAUAAUGGCAUUUAAAAGAAUCCACAGGGCCUAAACAAAAACAACCAAUCAGAGUCAAGGUUUAAAAACUUCAUGCCCUGGGAAUGAGGCUCAACAAUCAAUUAUCUUUCUUGAUUGGUUGUUUUUGUUCAGGCCCGGUGGAUUCUUACAAAUGCCAUUAGGAACACUAGGAGGAGCCAGAGGAACCAGAUUUUUUCACAGAUUAUCUGUCUCGUGUACUGCCCUCAGGAUAUAGGAAAUGUGUCAGUAAAUAUGACAAAAAAUAAGUAUUAUAAAAAUAGACUACUGCAGCUUUAAAUCACCUGAUGAACAUAGCAAUACUUACUGUAGGUCACUCAGUACUGCCAUCCUUAUUUGCUUUAGUUUAUCUCUUGCUUUUACAGACUACAGUGUAUGGGAUCACAGAUGUGUUGCAACAUUCCACUAUAUACAGUGAAGUUUAGAUUUUACAUGUCCUCUUCUUGUGGAUUUGCAGUCCAAUCAAUAUUCAGAAUCACAAACAAAAACAAGCCAAUAAAACCCUGGGGCUUCUCCACAGGCUGUAAACUGGUAAGAUAAUUGCAUGGACUGAACAUUCACAGGUCAGCAGCAGACAGGAGCCCCUUAUCAUCAGAUAAACUAAAGACAUUUUUGUAAUGAAACAGAAGUAUUUUAAUUCUAUCUCACAGUUGGUCCCUCCAGGAAGUUGCAAUACAAAUUCUGCGCAACUUUGCAAUUUCAUCCAAUCACCACAAGUCUUCCACAAAUUUGUAGUUUUGUGCAAAACAUUAGGUCAUACAUCACCCAAAUAGUAGUGAUUUUAUUUUCACUGGAACAAGUUGCCUUUUUAAUGAAUUAUACAAAACAAAUUGCAAAAAUUUUAGCAGUUUUACCUUUCAUCAUGCAGCCAAAAUUUUCACAUUUUAAUUUCAAUCCCCAAAAAGCCUGCAAAAUCCUGGAGGGACUGGUAUAUCUUUUUGUCCUGAGUGACCUGACUUACCCUCACAUAAUUAAAUGUAGAGCACUUUAGGCAACUUGUGGAUGAUAAUAAUCUCUGUGUGACAAUGACAAUCUGAUAUAUUGAUUUGAAUGGUUGGUUCACUUAAAUUGCCAAAAAAAAGAUCUUGUUUUUAGGAAUUGAGAAGAUCUGAGCGAGACAAAAAAUAGUUGUUGUUUUUUUGGAUAAUGUCACCUAAAUUUAUGUUAAUUAGAGUCUGUGUAUUUUUUACAAAUGCGCAGUAUAUUCAUCACUCCUAAAAUAUUUUUCAGAGACGGGUUUACCCAGCAGAUUUUUGGAUUAUAACAAGCAAAAUAGUAUUAUUAUCUCUCAAGUCAUAGGCCAGUCAGGACAGCAAAUUUGUGUUUUUUUUCUGUUUAGGGGCCAGUAUUCGCCAUCAGUUCUGAUGUCAAAUUAGGGCCGUUGUGUCUGACCACUUCUGUCACUUUCUACACCCUGCCAUGAUUGGCCAGCUGUGCAAAGGUGAGAAAUAGGAUGGGUUUCAGUUUCUCUUCCUUUUACUGUAUGGCCCUGUUUAUACUUGGUAAUAACAUUGAUCUGACCACAUUUGGAGGUGAACGUAUAGAGCAGGGAAGUGAGAACUGAGGUACUUAAAGCUGUCCACCUGUGAUCGAUCACCCAAGACACAUGUUAAUUCGAGGUAUAAACUGGGUCUAUUUCUUAGAUGUGGGAGCAGAAAGAUGACAACAACUGAGAGAGAGCCCCUGACUACCCAAACCAACCUCAGAAUAUAAUUCCCCUUAAAGCCAACAGAGCGAGGUCAGGUAGAUGACUGAAUUCGACUCUUACAGUGUGAUGCGAUUCAGGGCAUGAUUGAUUAUCUUUUUGUCCACAGGGCUCAGUUGUAUAGUCUGUGUGUAUAGUCCUCUACUUAAGUGAAAAAUUUAUAUUUGUACAGAAACUCAGUACUGUUUUUGUUCUUUUGUUCUUUUAAAAAAAUAAAACUUUGAAUGGAG